CGGCCCGGGCAGCGCGCAGCGACCCCCGGCCGGGCCAGGCAUGUGAAGAUGUCAGUGGGCUGUGCAUGCCCUGGCUGUUCCUCUAAGUCAUUCAAGCUGUACUCGCCAAAGGAGCCCCCGAACGGCAACGCCUUCCCCCCAUUCCACCCGGGCACAAUGCUGGAUCGAGAUGUGGGACCUACUCCCAUGUACCCACCUACAUACCUGGAGCCUGGCAUUGGGAGGCACACACCGUAUGGCAAUCAGACUGACUACAGGAUAUUUGAGCUCAACAAGCGGCUGCAGAACUGGACAGAGGAAUGUGACAAUCUGUGGUGGGACGCCUUCACCACAGAGUUCUUCGAGGAUGAUGCCAUGCUAACAAUCACCUUCUGCUUGGAGGAUGGACCAAAGAGAUACACAAUUGGUCGGACUCUGAUUCCCCGUUACUUCCGCAGCAUCUUUGAAGGAGGGGCCACGGAGCUCUACUACGUGCUCAAGCACCCCAAGGAGUCCUUCCACAACAACUUCGUCUCGCUGGAUUGCGACCAGUGCACCAUGGUCACCCAGCAUGGCAAGCCCAUGUUCACCCAGGUGUGCGUGGAGGGGCGGCUCUACCUGGAGUUCAUGUUUGAUGACAUGAUGAGGAUAAAGACGUGGCAUUUCAGCAUCCGCCAGCAUCGAGAGCUCAUCCCUCGCAGCAUCCUUGCCAUGCAUGCACAGGACCCCCAGAUGCUGGACCAGUUAUCCAAGAACAUCACACGCUGUGGGCUCUCAAACUCCACACUCAACUACCUCCGACUCUGUGUAAUCCUAGAACCAAUGCAGGAGCUCAUGUCACGGCACAAGACCUACAGCCUCAGUCCCCGGGACUGCCUCAAGACCUGCCUGUUCCAGAAGUGGCAGCGGAUGGUCGCGCCACCUGCGGAGCCGGCGCGGCAGCAGCCCAGCAAGCGCCGGAAAAGGAAGAUGUCGGGGGGCAGCACUAUGAGCUCCGGUGGUGGAAACACCAACAACAGCAACAGCAAGAAGAAGAGCCCGGCCAGCACCUUCGCCCUGUCCAGUCAGGUACCUGAUGUGAUGGUGGUAGGCGAGCCCACGCUGAUGGGGGGGGAGUUCGGGGACGAGGACGAGCGGCUCAUCACCCGGCUGGAGAACACGCAGUUCGACGCCGCCAAUGGCAUCGACGACGAGGACAGCUUCAACAACUCGCCCGCGCUGGGGGCCAACAGCCCCUGGAACAGCAAACCGCCCUCCAGCCAGGAGAGCAAGUCAGAGAACCCCACAUCGCAGGCGUCGCAGUAACGGCCCCGCGCCCCCCCCCGCGGACUCAGUCCCAACCGAUCUACCUGUACAUUUGCAACGGAGAGUGACUGGGAAGCGGCGAGGUACUGGGGCGGAUCGGCGCCGCGCCACGGCAGGACCCACGGCCGGGGGCACGCGCCCGCCGCCGCCGCCUCCCUGCUCCCCCCGUGCCUGCUGCCCCCAGACCCAGGGCAGGGGCGGGUGUCGGGGCCGUAGCUUCGUUAUUCCCCCUUCUCCCUCUUCCUCCUCCCUGCUUCUUCAUCCCCGGAGAGCCUCUCGUGUCCCCUCCCGCUGCGCCCAGCCCCUGCCUGCUGAACAGGGUGCAGCGGGGCUGCGGGCCCCGGCGGUGGGGUCCAGCCUUCUUCCUCCUCUCCCCUCCUGGGUCUGGCGGCGGUGUUUGCUGCGUGCACAUCUCCAUGCGCACGCGCGCCUCCAGCCCUGCCUGGGGCUGGGGGGGCUGGCCUUGGACGAAGCCCCCGCUGCUGUACUGGAGGGGUGUCGGGGGUCAGUCACCGGGCAUUCCCCACUCCCCUGCCCCCCACUUCGUCCCCGUCCCCUCGCUCCCCCCAGCAGGGCCCUGCUGGGGACUAUGUACAUAGGAAGCGCCAAGCAGGGAGUUGGGGGGUGCUGGGGGUCCAAGGCCAGCGGCCCCCACGUCUCCACCCGGAGUCCCUUGGUGACCUCCGGCUCCUGGUACCUCCUACUUUUGUCUUUUUUUUUUUAAUAAUAUUAUUAAAAUUGUAAGUUUAAAAAAAGAAAAAAAUGGACAAGCCCCCUCUUGCCCCCCCCUCCCUGGCCAGUGCCCCCCUCCCUGCCCUGAGCGCUCUCACCCUGUCCUGACUUUUGUACAGGCUUCUUCUCUUGGGAGUCUCGUUUUAUAUCCAGUUCGGAGAGCUUCAAACCAAGGAGAGACUUUGCAGACUUCCUUUCUAAUCCCUCCAGGGGGCGGGGGGCAGCCCCCCGCCUCCCUCCUCCAUGUAAAUCUUGUGUGCUGUUGUCCCUGCUCCUCCCCUCCCCCCCGGUUCGUGUACCUCGUGCUUGUACAUUUCCGCGCUGUAGACAGUGUGUACGAUACUGUUCUUUCAAUGUGUUAUCACUAGAGCAGGUGCCUCCAUUGAUGUUAGGGGAAACAACGAGAAUAAUAAUAAUUUUUUUGGGA